AUGGCAGCCAUGGGGUCAGGGGCUGGAGAGCAUGGGGUGGAGGUCCUGGAGGAUAGGAGGUUCCUGGGAAGGAGAGUCCUGGGACUGCUGACCUUCAGGGAUGUGGCCAUAGAAUUCUCUCAGGAGGAAUGGGGAUUCCUGAACCAGAGUCAGCGAGAACUGUACAGGGAUGUGAUGUUAGAGACCUAUGGACACCUCCUCUUCUUGGGCCUCAUUGUGUCGAAACCACACCUGGUCAUUUUUUUGGAACAAAAGAGGGAGCUCUGGGAUGUGAAGAGAAAGAAGACAGUAGCCUCACCAGCAGCUAUAUCUUCACAUGGCAGCCAGAGCUUCCUGCCAAAGCCAUGCAUAGAAGCCUCUUCCCAAAAUGUGUCACUGGGUACAUGGAAACAUCAUGCCCUUGAGAAUUUACACUUAAUGAUAAACUGGGACAGUGGUAGAAAGAAUAAAGCACAUCAGAAGUUUCAUGAAGGACGUAGUCCAAUUGAGACGACUGCCCGUAAUAAGAACCUCAUGGCCCCAAGUGGUGAAGGACAGAAAACAUCUUGGAAAACCGCCUUUUUUACAUCCACUAUUUGUGCAAAGCAGUAUGCAUCUGUAAGCAGAAGUUCCAAUCAAACAUGCAAACAUACAUGUUUGUGCAAAGAAAAUUUGGAACAUUUGGAAAGUUACCUCAUCCACACUGAAAACAAUGCUGUGAACCAUUGUGAAAGUGGGAUUGGAUUGACCUUUCAGUCAAAUAGUUCUAAAACUCAGAGAUUCAAAAAUGAAGAUAAAAGGCCUAGGACGUCUCAAUUUGGGAGGUGCUUCACAGAGGAGGUGACCCUGCAACAUUUCCAGAGCAUUUUCAAUGGAGCUACACUGGCUCAAUACAGUGAAUCUGAGACACAGUCUAACCAGGGCUCUCAUGUUAGCAAACGUCUGAGGACUCUGCAAGAAAACCAUUUUGAAUCUAAUAAAGGUGAGGAAGUGUUUUAUCCAAACUCCAAAUAUACCAAUAGUAAGAGUACACAGAGGGGAGAAAUUACUUCUAAAUAUGAUGAAUGUGGGAAAGCUCUGAAGCAGUCCUCCAGUAUUGCUGAUCAUCAGAGGCUUCAUGGGGGUGGAAACCCAUACACAUAUAAUGAAUCUGGGAACAUGUUUAAUCAAUCAUUAAGCCUAAAUACAUAUAAGACAAGUGGUACUGGAGAGAAAAGGUACAUUGGCAAGGAAUGUGGCAAAACCUUUGACAGGCACUCGACACUAUCUCAACAUCAGCAAACGCAUACUGCAAAGAAAUUUGACAAAUGUGAAGAAGGUGGUCAAACCUUUAAGGAUGGGUCAUCACUCCAUUCAGACAGGCGAAUCCGUACUGCACAGAAACCUUACAAAUGUCAACAAUGUGGCAAGGCCUUUAGCCAGCAAUCAUUUCUUACUCAGCAUCAAAGAAUCCACACUGGAGAGAAACCUCACGAAUGUCAAGAAUGUGGCAAGGCCUUUAAAUGGCACUCAUACCUUAUUAAACAUCACAGAAUACAUACUGGAGAGAAACCUUACCAAUGUCAAGAAUGUGGCAAGGCCUUUAACCAGCAAUCAUCCCUUAGUCAGCAUCACAGAAUGCAUACUGGAGAGAAACCUUACAAAUGUCAAGAAUGUGGCAAGGCCUUUAGGCAGCAAUCAUCCCUUACUAAGCAUCACAGAAUACAUACUGGAGAGAAACCUUACAAAUGUCAAGAGUGUGGCAAGGCCUUUAGCCAUCCAACAUCCCUUACUAAGCAUCACAGAAAGCAUACUGGAGAGAAACCUUACAAAUGUCAAGAAUGUGGCAAGGUCUUUCCCCAGCAAUCAUCCCUUAGUCGACAUCACAGAAUUCAUACUGGAGAGAAACCUCACAACUGUCAAGAAUGUGGCAAGGCCUUUAGCUACCAAUCAUCCCUUACUCAGCAUCACAGAAUCCAUACUGGUGAGAAACCUUACCAAUGUCAAGAAUGUGGAAAAGCCUUUAACUCUUCCUCACGACUUACUGAACAUCACAGAAUUCAUACUGGAGAGAAACCCCACAAAUGUAAAGAAUGUGGCAAGGCCUUUAAAGCCAAAUCCUUUAAUUUACCUUCAAGGCUUACUCAGCAUCACAGAAUCCAUACUGGAGAGAAACCUUACCAAUGUCAAGAAUGUGGUAGAGCCUUUAUCCGGCAAUCAUCCCUUACUCGGCAUCACAGAAUGCAUACGGGAGAGAAACCUUACAAAUGUCAAGAAUGUGGAAAGGUCUUUAGCCAGCGAACAACACUUACUCAGCAUCAUGUAAUUCAUACUGGAGAGAAACCUUACAAAUGUCAAGUAUGUGGCAAGGUCUUUAGCCAGCAAGCAUCCCUUAGUCAGCAUCAGAGAAUUCAUAGUGGAGAGAAACCUCACAAAUGUCAACAAUGUGGGAAGGCCUUUAGGUUGAAGUCAAACCUCAAUGACCAUCACAGAAUUCAUACUGGAGAGAAACCUUUCCAAUGUCAACAAUGUGGCAAAGCCUUUAGGAUUAAGUCAAACCUUAAUGGCCAUCACAAAAUUCAUACUGGAGAGAAACCUUACUAA